AUGUCAAGUGUCGAAAUACAUAGUGUGGGAAGCACAGACAAAACUCCGGGUGUGGAUAAAUUUCAUAAACGACUCGUACAACCAAUAAACAAUUUCACAAAUCCCUUAUUUGUAUACGGACACGAAAAAUGGCCCUCAAAAGUGGAGGAAGCCUUUACCUCAGCACUCAAACUAAUAAUGAAGAGCGGGACUGCUAAGAUCAAGAUCAUGAAUAAAAAUUACGGGAGAAAUGAAUUGAUUUCAUUAUACAUAAGCUAUUUUACGGGAGAGGUGCGUACCAAAAAACAAAUCUCUUCACACAUCCAAGUUUUGAAGAAAUCUAUCUUGAGUAGGAAAUUAUCCAAUAUGCAGGUGUCUCCAGCUGACAUGGAUCUUCUGAGAUUGAUCGAGAACGGUGCCGAGCAAACCGACGAAGCCGUUAAACGUUUCCAUGCGGUCUUUGACAAGAUCAUUGAGGCAUAUUCCGCGAAAAAUAACACUUAUAGUGGACUCUACCCAAGCUUCUGCCAAAAUGAAUCAAAUGAAAACACGGUACCUGUAAGUUACAUUGAUCAGGAUGCAAUUUCAGACAACUGGUCGAACAGUGAACCCUUUAAACCGGUAUACGCAAAUAAUUAUUGCCUCGAGGACAAGGGGAUCCCGACACAGAAUGCGGCAAGCAACUUGAACUUACAUAAUUAUUCCCAGAACACACAAUACACACACCAACCUGCUCGCUACGAGGGGUCCGGACAAAUAACUGCCCGCCAUUCCUCUUCGGCAUCCUCGUUUUCAUCACUGGUGUCCCUCCCAAAUCCACAGAAUUCGUCAGCGACAUCGGUAAAUACGUGUAACACGCAGCCGCAACUUCGACCGAAUAUAGUGCAGGAACAGAAACCCCAGGGGGGAAUUGGACCCUAUACCCUCACUUCGAACGACUUGGAACUCAGAAACUUACUUCCAAGAGUGUGUCAAAACUCGAGUAUCCAAAACGUGGGUGACCAGAUAAAAUUACCCCCAGUUACUCAACACCUGUACGACCAAAAUUGCCGAUUCCCAACGGACUCACAUGCUUUCAAUCACAUGGAUGCACCGGAGGACCCAAAGGACAAGUACCCAAUAUACAGCUACUACUUACAUGGUUCAUACAUCCCACCUGAGUUUAUGCAAGGCUAUGCGGUAACGUCGUUUUACCCUACGAAUGGGUUGCCGGCUAACCUCAACUAUGGUUAUAACAACGGGACUCCUCUCAACCCGAUACAAGAGCAAGGGCCACAUGGCGCUAAACAAGCCUCCCCCGACAGCAAGGGCCUCUGCAAUAACUAUGCGCCUAUUUACAGAGGCCAUACUCUAAACCAACCGGUGGUGCUACUACCAUCAUUUCGCUACCAUCCGUCAUCGGGACAAGCAAGCGAGCAACUUGUCCAGUAUGCUCAACAACCGCCGUGUAUGACGGAUCCCCAGGUUCAUAUUCCUAUCGUAAAAAAAGAGCAAUAUUUCUUUAACAGGACGAACGAGUUCCCCCGACAGACAUCGGGCACUGUUUUACCGGGCACAAAAAAUUACGAAAGAAUAAGCUGA